AUUUCAUUGUUUUUAUCACCCUAUCACAUCUUAUAUUACAACUCCUCUAAUUCCACCAGUACUUUUUCUAUUGUUUUCGCCUCUCAUUUAUAUGUACGUAAAUGGUGUUAACGGUAAACCAUGUAUACUUCCUGGAAACGUAAAUUUUUCGUAAGAUUAAAAGCCAUCAGUCAACCAGUGCUUUGUCGGCGUAUUUUAUUAGUCAUUAACUGGAGGACAGCCUUUCCACAAGAUUAUUUCGAUGAUAGUUUUGCCAGUGAGCGUGAUGUGAGUAGUAAUGUUACGAACGUAGAGACUUUAGACUAAAUUUAAAUGGAAAUUAAUCAAAAGACGAGGAGUAUUUUAAUUAUCCUCCCCUCAAUUCUCAUGUUUCCCAUUUCCACUCUGUGAAUUGAUACCGUCCACAGAUCAUUCAAAUUACCAAAUGAUUGAAUCCAAUACCGAGAAUCAUUUGCCGCAAAGGCCUAAACCGCGAGAGCUCCCAGUGUAUUCCUUUGGGAAAUGCGAUAUCAUCACUGACAUUUAACACUCAGCCACUGACAAUCAGUGCAAAACCCACCGCUGUACGUGAAUUUACCCGGGAAAUUAGGCUGAGUAUCAUCUCUCAUUGUUAAAUAUCAAAGUGGACACCACUCAGCUCUGUUUAUAAAUAUGUCAGUGGGUGAAUUGCGGACAAAGGAUAACUCCACUGAAAAUCGAAACUGAUCCACCCUGUGUACACGCGUCACGCACACCACUGCGGGGAAGAUGGGGGGGAAAAUAGGCAGAAAUGCUUCACCAUAGGCUAAUCCCUCGUGGGAGUCGUUUAAUUCUCUACGUGAUGCUGAGAUUUCAAUUUGGUUUCGGUGAUGGGCAGAAGGAAGGUAAAAUCCUGAAAUUUAUGUUUUAUGGACGGACCCCAUAUCAAAGAAAAGUCGGUCGAAAAUCAUAAAAUUGUCCAAUUCUCCCCCUAAUUUAUCCCAGCAUAAUCAUAAUUUUUAAUUGGACAAAAGCUGGCAAGAUAAACAUUUUUCUUUCGCGAGUAAUGAACACAUUUUUCUCGAUGAAAGGGAAAAAUAAAGGAGAGGUGCAAAAACUGUAAUGCUCAAAAUGUACGAUAAUGGCAGACUAAAAUAUAGAUCAGUCUGCACGAGUGUAUUUUACCCACUAUUGCGAGUAACCUUCCAGUGGAAUAAGCUAGAGCUUAUUCAAAAUUCACAUCGCGUUUCAGAUAGCAUCGCGACACAGUCGCUUUAACAGUCUUUUCAUACUAUGGUGUGGGAAAUUAAUUCGCCAACUUUUAAUUCAGAAAAGCGCACACAUACUGACGAGAGGGGGAAAAAUAACCCUCCUCCUGGUCCUUCCCCAGUGGGCCGUUACUUUGGAUGGUACGUGUUCAGAGGGUCAGCGCUAAAGGCGUCAGAUUAGAUGGUGGGCUACACCACUUGCCAUUUUCACUCCUUUUUAUCGUUUCCACUGUCGUAUUUUAGUAUUAGCGAAUGUUCAUGGCUCGGGGUUUAUCUGUUUGAUGGCGUACGAAGUGAUAGCAGUUGGUAACACGGUGUAUUCUUCAUAGGUAAAUGUAGGAUAUCGCAUUACGAUUAAGUCAUACCUUUUGUGAUUACCCGGCGAUCACACGACAUUGUAAUUACCAUAUAAGUAUAAUCCACCGAAAGCGUGGGCUCUUGUAAAUCUUGCGAUACAGCGUGGACAGGAGAGAUGGAGAUUGACCAAAAGGGAGUUUUAGGUUUUAGUUGAUGUAUAUAUACAGUUUGAAAUGUACGUGACCCUGAUCAUGAGAUAUCCCCAUGAAACAGUACUCCCCCGGUUGUGUUCAUCAGAAAAUCCAGGAGAUUGGCGAGAUUAAAGAGCCUCCAGGAUCUCCUCUAAUUCUGGAAAUAGACAAUCAACACUGGAAGUCAAAUACCAAUGGACCUAAAUAUCUUGGACUAAUAUUUCAGGAAGCGGUGGAAGCUGUUGUACUCGGAAAUUGUUGCUGUAUACACCUAGAUCAUGAGAAGGCUGUGAUAAGGUUAACGAUCGCUCAGAGUGUCCACUUGGGUGGAAUAAUUUUACAGCAGUUGAUACCAUUAUCCAGUGACUUCAGCGAGUAACGUAUUUAUCCGUCAAUCCAUCAGCCUUGAGAUAAACGAAUCUAUACAUGCAGGGGUAUUAAAUUACUUUAACGCUGACGAAGGGAAAGAGGGAGAGAGAGGGAGCCGUGUCACGGCGGCGGUGCGCUCGCAGAGGAGCGUCUGAUCAUGUUCCGCUUUUGCUCCUGUGUCUUACUCGCAUGCUACUCGGUACUUCACUUUACAUGGUAGUAUCAAACCUUCAUGACAGCGGGAGGCAACUUGACACAAAUAUGUAAUGGCCAAGGGAGAUACCAGUGGGGAGAUUAUCGAGACUUUACUGCAGCCGGUGAUGAUAUGAAUAUCGAGAAAUUAUUAAUUGGAAGAUUUAUUCUGCGAAACGUGGAUCAGAGAGAGAUACUUGCGAUUGAUGGUAUCAGGAAUGAAUGUUCCUACGGCAUCCACUCCAGAAGAAACCUAAAGGAAUUAUUUUUAAUUUAUCGAAUUGAAAAAUAAUCUCUCCUUAAUCAAUCGAAUUCGUCCUUCUCUUCAGUCGACAUCGAUCACAGCGAAUGUCAAUGCAAGAGCCAACGUCAAAGAUGAAAGAAACUCUAUAAUAUCGUAGAAUCCAAAACCUCAUUAUUGUCAACUACACCGAGCAGCUCCCGCCCCAGAUACUUCCGUCGACAAGGUGAACUUCGCUGUGCAAUAUCCGUCAUAGUCUAGCUAUCCUUAUCAGCUAGCUCGUUAACUAUCCUCUUUCCCCUUCAACGACAUCAUCAUGUUUCACACCAAGGCCUCUCAGCGAGUGAAUCACGAUUCCUCCAAUAGAAGACUUGAACCUUGAAAGAAAAACUUUGAAGUAUCCACCCUAUAAUCCAGAUAAAAGUCAUGCGAUACAAAAUCUUGGUGCAAUUAAUCGAAGAUCUAAGAAUUUUUAAUUACUGAACUCCAUCGUACUGUAAUCAGAGACGAAAGACUUCGAAGAAAACGGUGGAAACCGUGAACUCUUUGAUGAAACUGCUGAAGUACCUCUGUUGAAUCUUCAACGUGGAAAAACGAAACCACGCCAGCAAGAGUAAAGGGAGAUGAAUUUGAACGCUUGUAGCUCGUUAGCCAUUUUUCCAGUUCCACGGAAAGAUGGCCGACAGAAAACUCUUUCAAACACUUUUAAACCUUUAACAUAAAGACUCUGUCGAGAAAAGGAGGCAUUAUAAAAAAUAAUGUACAGUGUUAGAAAAUUACUCCUGGAAUUUCAAGUUACAGAGCUUGAAAUUUUUAACAAGCAUUCAUCUACAGGAAAUUUUAUCCCUCGGGGCUUUGAAAAAUCCGUUGACAUCUGGAGUAUUCACAAUGCUGAGUUUUAAUAAAAAUUGAAUUAAUCGAAUGUCGUAAAAUUCACCCCAUCGUAAAACCAUCAGCAACUAUUCCCUGGCUUUCAAAAAAAAUUCAAACAGCGUAAUUCAACCACGA